AUGGCUGCAAACAUACUACUACAAUGGUUUCCUCAUACAGCCGCUCCAUUCAUUGCUAAUGCACCAAUGUUUGGGUUUACAGAUGCCGGCCUAGCAACUGCCGUCGGAAAGGCCGGAGGAUUCGGGUUUAUUGGUGGGGGCUUUGACUUCCGAUCUGAAUCCACCCAUCUUCUAGGCCUAGAUGCUGAGCUGGCAAAUGCCCGCUCUAUCCUCGGUUUGACCGAUGGUCAACCAUUGCCGCUUGGUGUCGGUUUCUUGACUUUCCAGCCGAACGGGCUCGUUGACAAUGCCAUUCCCAUACUCCAGAAGCAUCGAGUAGCAGCAGUCUGGCUAUCGUUCCCUCGGACUGACGCCGAUCAUCUUCCAAUCAUACAAGCCAUUCGAAAGGCCCAGGAGACUGCUGACUGGGAUAUCAGGAUAUUUGUCCAGGUAGGAACUAUCAAAGCUGCAGAAGAAGCACUUCAGCAGGGGGUGGAUGCUCUAGUAGUUCAAGGGACCGAUGCAGGAGGACAUCAGUGGGCCCAGGGUGCCAGUUUGAUAUCCCUCUUGCCUGAGGUGCGAGAUCUUCUGUCGAGGACUCGGAAUACGAGCACUGCUAUCCUGGCAGCUGGUGGCAUUGUGGAUGGGAGGGGCUGUGUUGCUGCUCUCGGCCUAGGUGCCGAUGGUAUUGUUAUGGGCACAAGGUUCGUUGCAACCUCGGAAUGCCCUGCGCCGUCUACGAUUAAACAGACCAUCGUAUCGAAGACGGAUGGCGGAGUCUCAACCAUCAAGUCUAUCCGACAUGACAUAUUCCAAUCAACUGAUCUCUUUCCGAGACAGUAUGAUGGCAGAGCUGUUGUUGGUGUUAGUUACGAGGAUUCCCAGGAGGGGGUCAGUGACGAGGAAAUCAUCCGACGAUACAAUGAGGCUAAAGAGGCUGGCGAACACCAACGGAGGACUAUCUGGGCGUGA